AUGGCCGGCGAGUGGGCAAAGGCAGCGAAGCAGGCAGAGAAAGAGGAGAAAGAUCCUGUCGAAGCUUUGAAGCUCGCCAAGCGGAUUUACGGUCGUCUCCGCAGAAAAUCGUCGAAGGGCGGGGGCAAAGCUGUUCCGAUGAAGGCGAUGAAAGCUAUGGCUUCGAUGAAGGGCAAAGCCGUGCCGAUGAAGAUGAAGGCGAUGAAAGCUAUGGCAACGAUGAAGGGCGCAGCCGUGCCGAUGAAAUCGAUGAAGGCCAUGGCGGCCAUGAAGGUCAAGGCUGGUGCAUGGGCAGCAGCCAAGAAGAAGGCAGAGAAAGAGGAGAAAAAUCCCGUCGAAGCUUUGAAGCUCGCCAAGCGGAUUUACAGUCGUCUCCGCAGCAAAGCGGCGAAGAGCGAAGCUGUCCCAAUGAAGGCGAUGAAAGCCAUGGCGGCCAUGAAGGGCAAAGCCAAGCCGAUGAAGGUGAUGAAGGCCAUGAAGUGA